GGGGGGGGCAGAGGCGCCCCGUGGAGUUUCCGGGAGGCCGCGAGAGCCUUUGUACGGUUUCUCAGGUCACCCUCCCCUCGCCGCCGUCCCCACUGCGCUCGCGAAGGCCCGGCCUCCUCCCCGCAGGACGCCCACCGCUCCUCGGCGCGGCCGCGGGCUCUCGCGCUCCGCUCGGCCCCAGGGCUGUCACACCUGAAGGUCGCCACAUCCGGCCCCGGUUACUAUGGUAACACCAGAGUCACUACGGCGUGACCUCUGACUUCCCUCCCAAGCCGGUCAGCGGGCUUCCCUCCUCGCCAGCACUGAGGACCGUGGGCCGGCUCCUCCUCAACCUCCGCCGGGAGCCGGGUCAGCGGGGCGCCCGCCCUCGCCCGCGGUGGUAGGACCGGCCCGUCCCCAGGUGCACAGCGGCUCCUCCCCGGCGCGCCAGGUGGUGCGGACGGGCGUUCCCCCCUCCCAGCGCGCGGUGGUAGCCACCAUGAGGAAGGGCGCGAGCCUCCCACGGGCGCCCUGGACUUUGGACUUUAAAUAGUGAGUUAAUGGGUAGUGACAGUGCAAGUGUCACAGCAAUGAAAAGAAUUAGAAUAAGGGUCAACAAAUACCUGCUAAAGAGUGACAAAAUAGAACCAGCUCCUGGCUCAGAAGAGCAGCAGCACCGUGGCUGCCAAGGGUUUCUCUGGCCAUUGUCUCUCCCUCUGGUCUACAGCAUGGGAAAUAUCUUUGCAAAUCUCUUCAAGGGCCUUUUUGGCAAAAAAGAAAUGCGCAUUCUCAUGGUGGGCCUGGACGCUGCGGGGAAGACCACCAUCCUGUACAAACUGAAGCUGAAUGAGGUGGUGGAAACAGUUCCCACGAUAGGUUUCAACCUGGAGACUGUGGAGUAUAAGAACAUCAGCUUCGUCGUGUGGGACAUACACAGCCAGGACAAGAGCCGGGUUUUUUGGAGCCAAUACUGCCCAGGCAGACAUGGCCUCAUCUUUGUGGUUGACAGCACUGACCAGGAACGCAUGGACGAGGCCAGACAGGAGAUGAUGCGGAUGAUCACAGAGCUCAAGGAUGUUGUCCUGCUAGUGCUUGCAAACAAACAGGACCUCCCCAAUGCCAUGAGCACAGCUGAGAUCACAGACAAGCUGGGCCUGCACUCUCUGCACCACAGGAACUGGUACCUUCAGGCCACCUCUGCCAUCACUGGGGCUGGGCUCUAUGAGGGGCUGGACUGGCUGGCCAAUCAGUUCCAGAACCAGAACUGAGCCACACUCCUCUCUUCCCCCUCACUCCCUCCCUCACCCUCGCUUUCCUGUCCAUGUGGCAGAUGUAUCCCUGUGGUGUGAGUGCCAGAAGCUGUCCCCAUGGUUGCUCUCAGUGUGCAUCAUCAUGCUGUGCAUGUGCAGAUGCAGCCUACACCCGGGGUUUUAUCUAAAUAGUUCUUGUUUCUGGUACUCACAUGCAUUAUGCAACAGAGGCAGCCAAUCAGCCAAUCCAUGUUUCUCUUUCUCUCUCCAAAAAUCAAUGAAAACACAUAUUUUUAAAAUUGGAGCACUGCAGUAUUUUCUGAAAACGAACGGAGCUGUCUUUCUCAUGGGAUUUUAGCUGACUAGAAGGACAGGAUUAAAUUGACUAUUCUGGGAUCUGAAAAUAAAGAUUUGACAUGGUAUGUUU